AAGUCAACAAAAUAUAUCAAUCAUCUUGAAGUUCCCUGAUAUUGAUAUCUAAUCAAAAGAUAUGGCUGACAUAUUCUCAAACAACUUCGGGGAAACAUUUGAGUGUUUUAGUGAAAAAUAACGCAUGCGUCAGACCAUUAAAAUAAUUCGUUGUUGUUUUUUAAUCUUUUUUUGUUUAAGGGUUAUGGUCAAACAUACAUUUCCUAAAAGUUUUUGGAAAUUACGUGAACUUUACCUUUGUGCGGCCAUAAAAAAACCAAAAAAAAAAAAAACGCUUAUCGGAGAGAACCCCGUAAAGUUCCCUUGGACAAAAACAGUCGUCAACUUUAUGUUAGAUCAAUAAACGAAAUCAAAACCAACGGAGAAGAAAGAAAUCAGGCAAUAACUUCAUUAUGAAAUGCAAUGAAAUACCAGCAUUAAAAGCCAGCGAGGAACAACAAGUAAAGAAGAGGAAAAGUGUGCUGAUAACUGCAAACGAAAAUACGAAGCUAAUCAACUUAAAGCAAAUGAGUAUUCAAUGUACCGAAGUAAAUCGAAAUAAUAGUCGAAGCAUACAUAAUCCGCGACAAUUGCAACCGAACACAACAAAUUUAUAGCCGCAAUUAAAUCCUCGACCAUAAAUCACGGAAUAUGGCCGGGGCAAUCAAAGUGUUUAACCCACACGCAUCGGCAGCCGCAGCCAACGAUUUGAGAUAAAAGAGAGCGCGAACCCCUAACCACGGCCAAUAUAGCAAUUGCCUUAUAUAUCUACAUAUAUCCACAAGGAACUACACACAAGGAUACAUAUCCUUAGGCGACAAUAUGGCCUGCUUUCCCCGACUUUUCCAUCAUCGCAGUAAAAACAAAUUUACCCCCGCCCAAGAUGAGAACACCGAUACGAUACUCAACACACAAGAUAGCCCCGUGCAAAUUGGCCUGUACAUUCGCCGCGAGGAAAAGCCACUGUACUCCCCCAUAGUGACGCCCAGUGCCAGCGAGGCCCAACUGCAACGGCUGAGACAGCAGCCCGCCUCCGUCUCCGUGGGCACCACCGCCUCCGCAUCCCUGCUGGCAUCUCCUUCGCAGCUGCAGCCGGUUGCCGAGAAUGGCAGUGCAAACAAUGGCCUGUUCCUCUCGAACAGGAUCAGGCUGCAGCAGAAGGAGGAGAAUGCGGCCUCUGUCAACGGCAACGCAAUUAAUGUCAAACGCUCAAAUUCAAAAUUAAAACCAGUCAAAGAGCGGCGACCCACCGCCCUGCCCUCCGAGGUGCCUAGCAUCGAAGUGGAAGAGGUCCAGGAGGUGGGUGCUAAUGCACAUGCCUAUGAUGUCGUGGAUGGCGGCAAGUCAAAACUCAAAGUGAAUGAGAAUGGCAUAAUUGAUGAGGGCGGCACCGAUGAUGGUGAUGGGGCCUUCGCCACAACACCUGGCACGGAGACAGAGUCCGAGGCGCCCGUAAAGUUUUUCAUUGGUCACACGCAGGAACUAAGCGCCCACCAAACAGAUGACACCUUGUCCUGCCAGAGCGGUGAUACCAACAACAAUAACAACUGCAGCAAUAGCAGCAGCGAGGCCAAGCUGACAAAUGGUUUCCUGCCACAGGAGCGACGGGAACAGGACAGUAACAGUAACGGCAACAGGAACAAGAGUCUCCACCUCGAGGCUCCGCCCCUUCGUGCCAAGAGCUCUAGCAAUGUGUCACUCAAUUAUCCCCAGGCCAAGAGCCAGCCGGCAGACAGUCACCGUCGUCGACGUGUGUCCACGAUGCCCGAUAUUAACAUACCGCCGGCACCGCCGAUGCCUCCGGAGCUCCUUGUGCCCGGCACACCGCUCCACUUGCGCAAGAAGCGGAGCGUGGAGCGUCCUGCACAGGACGAGCAAGCGGCGAAUGCUGCGAAUAAUCAAGUAAGUAAUGAGAGGGUGAGAGCGGCGGGGGGAGACGAGAGCAAGAGUGGAAAAUCCAGCGAUUCCUCGUCCCCGAAGGCCCAGCGCGUGGAAGGUGGCCUCAUCCAUGUCCGACCGAAUUUCCCCAUUCGAGGCGACAUUGAAAUCGAAUUUAUUGCCAAGGACGAAGUCACACGCAAUCUCAUACGAACGGCCAUUGAGCGCAAUGAUUUCCUCAAUAAUCUAAUGGACAAGGAGCGCAAGGAGAUGGUUAUCAAUGCAAUGGCCCCGGCGAGCUACAAGAAGCACAGCCUCAUCAUCCGGGAGCACGAGGAUGGAUCCGAGAUAUACGUGUCCGCGGAGGGUCAGUACGAUGUUAUCCGGGCGGGUCAGCUCGUGGGUAGCUUUGGUCCCGCAACGGUAUUCGGUGAACUGGCCAUCCUUUACAAUGCCCCCCGCCAGGCCACCAUCAAGGCCUCAACGGAUGCACGCGUCUGGAAAAUUGCCCGCGAAACCUUUAGGGCCAUCAUGCAAAUCUCUGGGUCCAAGGAGCGCGAGGAGAACCUGCAGUUCCUGCGGUCAGCUCCUUUCUUGCAGGAGCUCGACCAGAGUCUGCUGCACAAGGUCGUAGAUCUCCUGCAGAGGAAAUUCUACGAGACCGACACCUGUAUUGUGCGCGAAGGCGAAUUGGGCAACGAGUUCUACAUCAUCCGCUGCGGAACUGUGACCAUAAAGAAGCAGGACGAACAGAAGCUGGAACAGAUUGUGGCCAAGCGGAAGCGGGGCGACUACUUUGGCGAGCAGGCGCUGCUCAAUGCGGACGUGAGGCAGGCCAGUGUGUAUGCCGAUGCCCCGGGUACCGAGGUUCUCGUACUGGACAGAGAAGCCUUCAUUAGCUAUUUGGGCACAAUCAAGCAGCUGCGCGAAAAACCCAGUCAGCGGAGUGACACCAGCGGAAGAAGCAGCAACAAAUCCCUGGAAUUCGAUAACGAAUACUCCCAGGUGGCCAUUUCGGAGCUGAAGAAGAUCGCCACUCUGGGCUGCGGAGCCUUUGGACGCGUCGACCUGGUGUCCUACAACCAGAAGGCAUUGGCCCUGAAGAUAAUCAAGAAAAUCGAGGUGGUCAAGCAGGAUCAAAUAGAGCACGUUUACAACGAGAAGAACGUAAUGAAUAAGUGCCGGCACUCGCCCUUCAUAGUAGAGCUAUAUCGCACGUACCGCAAUGACAAAUACGUUUACUUCCUAAUGGAGGCCUGCAUGGGCGGUGAUGUGUGGACGGUGAUGUCAAAGCGCCAGUACUUCGACGAGAAGACUGCCAAAUUUAUUGCCGGCUGCGUCGUCGAAGCGUUCGACUACCUGCACUCGCACCAGUUCAUCUACAGAGACUUAAAGCCGGAGAACCUGAUGCUGGGCACGGAUGGUUACUGCAAAUUGGUGGACUUUGGGUUUGCCAAGUUUGUGCGACAGAACGAGAAGACCAACACCUUUGCCGGCACCCCAGAGUACGUGGCCCCUGAAAUUAUCCUGGAUCGUGGACAUGAUCGUGCCGUGGACUACUGGGCCCUGGGCAUUCUGAUAUUCGAGCUGCUUGUUGGUAAAACCCCCUUCCGCGGCGUCAAUCAAAUUAAGAUCUACCAGCAAAUCCUCAGUGGCAUUGAUGUCAUACACAUGCCCUCGCGGAUCCCCAAGUCUGCCCAGCACCUGGUCAAGCAUCUCUGCAAGCAGCUGCCGGCGGAGCGGCUGGGUUACCAGCGCAAGGGAAUCGCAGACAUCAAGCGGCACAGCUGGUUCGAGAGCCUGGACUGGCAGCAGCUGAAGACCAAGCAGUUGACUUCCCCCAUUAAGAGACCUCUAAAGAGUUGGAGCGAUCUGCAGUACUUUGGGCCGUCGGGCGUGGAGAAUGACUACGAGCCGCCGGAGGAGUUGAGCGGCUGGGACAAAGACUUUUGAAGGGAUGGAAAUUAUGAAAACUUGGGUAAAUCUUCAGAUAUUAGUUAUAUUAAUCUGGACAUAAGAACUUGGGCCCUUAAAAACCCCGCGUAGCAGCCAUAACAAUCUUGCAUUAAUUGAAAGCUUUGAAAAUACUUUAUUAAGUCUGUACCCAUAUGUUGUUGUAUUUUUUAUUAUAUUGUAAAAAGUUAUAUAUUAGAUAUAGCCAUAAGUUGAAGAUAGCCUAGAUUUUGUAUGCGAUUUACUAAACAUGAACAACUAUACCCUUUAACCAGGCUGAACCAUACCUGUAGUAGAAAAGCAAUUUCGAACUUACGAACUUUUUUAGAAGAAACUUAUAAAUUAUUUGUAAAAGUAUCCUGUAAUAAAUUAACAAUUUAUUAACUGUUUAAA